UUCCUUGUUUGUGUCUUGGUGCUUUCACAACUGUGAGACGCAACUAUUAGGGGCAGUUUUGGUGCAGUUGUGGGGUGGGGGUGGAGUAGCAAUCUCUGCUGACGUUGGCCUCUUAGACUGCUCUUCACAACCAGGGGAAUGUAAUUGUGUUUCCAAAUGAAGUCUGCAAAAGAAGUUAACUGGGAGCCUUCAUCCUGUGCGCGUACUUAGCAAAGCAUAAAUGCGAGGAGCUGAAUAUUUGUAUCACCAUUGCUCGGCUUCUUUGUGGAAAGGUUCAAAUCAGGCGAAACUUCUGCAUGGAAGAGGGAAUGCAAAGGAUAAUCAAAACCAAGGCACUGACCACUGGGAAUGGAAAGUUUACGGAUAGUCUGGCUGAUGUUUCUUUGUUUGACCUGUUCCGCUAACUCUUUCUGUCCUGAGCAAUGUGACUGUCAGCAUCAGCAUCUCCUCUGUGCAAACCGAGGUCUCCGGACUGUGCCAGAAUCCCGCCAAAAUGCCAUGGACAUCUUGACUUACAGCCUAGGGGGCAAUUUUAUCAGCAAUAUCUCAGACUUCGAUUUCACUAGAUUUACCAGGUUACUUCGACUGGACUUACAAUUCAAUAAGAUUGAACACAUUCAUCCAAAAACUUUUGAGAAACUUUCGAGACUGGAAGAGCUGUACUUGGGUAAUAACAUCAUCUCAAACAUUCCUGCUAAUGCUUUCAAUUAUCUCCGGAGACUGAGGCUCCUAAAUAUGAAUAACAAUAGUUUGAAGAAGCUGAAUCAAAAUGUCUUUUCACACCUAGAUAACUUGGUUAAGUUAAGACUUGAUGGAAACUCUUUGGAGAUCCUGCAAGAUGCAAUUUUCAAACACUUGGGUAAUCUCCUUUACUUGCAGUUAGAAUCAAACAAGAUCCAUGUUAUCAGUGGGAGCACCUUUAUAAAUUUAAGGAAGCUCAUAUUUUUAAACCUUGCCAAGAAUAACCAGACAUCUAUACACAACAGUGCUGUGUUUGCACACCUCGGGUCAUUGACAACUUUGAUCCUCGAUGAAAAUAAUCUCAAAUAUAUUGGAAACCGAGUUUUCCAAAUGCUGCAGAAACUCUCCAGACUGUCUCUCAGUAAGAACAAGAUUUCUUACAUUGGUUCCGAAGCUUUUGGAGGCCUUUACGGGUUGAAGGAGUUGCUUAUUGAUGAUAACUUACUGAGAGAAAUCCCAUAUAAACUACUGGAUCCUUUGGUAAAGUUGGAACAAUUAGAUCUCAGUCAGAACCAGAUCACCAGUGUCCACCCACAUGCAUUUAAACAACUGACGGCUCUCAAGGUGUUGAAGUUGAAAAACAAUCGUUUGACCUACUUAUCUGGAGACACCUUUGCGUUUACCAACUCCUUGUACAGCCUUGAUCUGAGCAACAAUAAUUGGACGUGCAACUGCAGGCUGAAAGGCUUCAAGCGAUGGAUGAGCUUGGCACACGCCCAGGGAAGGCUGCUAACUGUAUUUGUCCUGUGUAAUAACCCCAUUGGUUUGAACGGGAAGUAUCUGGAUUACUUGACGGACUCUGAGAUGUGUUAUUCUCAUAAAGCUCAGUCGUUGUUAAACUUUUCCAAAGGCUCUGUAGUUGAUGUUCAAUCAGACCAAGAGCGCAUCCUGGAAGUAGAGAACAUGCACACUGAUGGACAUUUAGACCAGCAACAGAAACCGUCCUCUUCACCUGUUCCAGUCACCAGCCUAUCGCCCAGAAGUAAGCAUCUUGUUCUCCAAUCUUCAUCGACUAAGUCAGUUACAGUCAGCCCAAGUCAAUGGGAAGCCUUAGAGUCUCUGAUCACAGCCCGGGAGACCUUGGAUGUUUUAACACCUUCCACCACUUUUCCAAUUUCAUCGAAAUCUGAGCGAUAUUAUCUCCUAAAGUCCAAGGAUAAAUUGGUACAAAAACCGCUGAUAACAGACCCUUGUGAAUUCAAUAAGCUCUACAUUACCAACCUAACAGUGGAAGAGGUGACCUCAACCACAGCCACCAUCAGAUGGAAGGUGGCACAUCCAGGCUUCAGGAAUACUGUGCAUUUCCGGGUGCUCUUUGACAGGUUCGGCCAGUCGGUGACGUUUCAUCGCUUCAUAUAUGUCAAGGAUAAGUCGGAGUGGGUCACUCUGAGGGAGCUACGGGAGGAGACUCCUUACAUCGUGUGCCUGGAAAGUGUCAUCGCUGAGCACGUGUGUCAAGUGGCAUCCCGUGACCAUUGCCUGGGCGUCCUUACCUUGCCACCAAAGACAGGCCCUUUGGAUGUGCAGCAUUUCAUUUUGAUUUUAUCAGGCACCAAUGCUUUCUUGGUGCUCCUGGGACUCAUCAUCUGGGCGUCCAAGGCUCUAAGGAAGCUGCGACGGAAAAGAGCACCAGUCAAUGUACGGCGGAUGUACUCCACACGACGUCCACUGCGCUCCAUGGGCUCUGGUGUCUCAGCAGGAGAUUGCGGAGGCUUCCAGUCCAACAGAUCGCGAUCAGUCAUGUAUCAACUCAAUGAGGCAGAUCUGAUGGACUUUCAGUCAGAUCGACUCAUGGACAUUAACUUGAGGAGGGAAGAUAUUGGGCAACGGUAUGGCGAUUAGUGCUGAUCAUUAAUCAAGUCAUUACUCCACGAUGGUAAAACAAACAAAAAUAAACAAUGUGAUGCCCUGUUAUUAGUAUGACCUGUUAAUUCUGACUGGCAACGCAUUAUCUGAAGUUCCUCACCAUGCCAGAUUGCUGCAAGGGUUGCCCACAGCUCGUGGUCUAACCAACUUAAGGUUUCAAUAAGGUUGAAAAAUGUUUUGUCAAUAGAUGAUAACAUUGUUUGACAAUGUCUGUUUGCGGGUAAAAGUACAGAAAGAACCUGCCACAAUAAUGUGUUUCCAGUGACUUCAGGACAUCCCAAAACAAAUCAUAGCUGAUGAGAAUUAAAAAUGUUAAUGGAAAUAAAGUUGGGAAACAGCAGCCAAUUUGUGUACAAGGUUGCAUUAAUCAACCAGAUUAUUUGUUUUGUAUUGUUGCUUUAGAAACAAAUGCCAAAUACUAAAAUCACUUAAUAUCUAUAACAAAUAUCAAAUCACCAAAAUUACUGUUUAUCCUUUUGGAAAAGGAUGCAUGAUACCUCUCUAUUCACCUAAGGAGACGAAUCAGACCUUAGUUUAUUAUCUUAUCCGAAAGGUGGCAUCUUAAAAUGAGCAGAACUCUCUUGAUGUGCACUGGAUUGUGUCCAUAAAUUGAAGUACGAAAAUAUAUUGAUUAGGGUUUUGAACUAUAAAUCUUCUCACUCAAAGAAAGAAAUAUCAAAAGGUGAUACAUCUGGUUCUUUCACAGUAAGAUACCAAACUUAAUUUUGCCUUGUGCCUAAUCUUGUCCAUUAAAUUUAAAAAUAAGACCGUGUCUCAUAUUGUAUUCAAUAUUGUUACUGGGAUUAGUCAUUACUUAACUCGGAAGUAUAAAGGACACGUUAAAGCAACAUACAAUAUUCAUCCUUUCAGAGCGAGUUUUUAUGGGGAGCAAAGCAACAGUUUGAAAAUAGUAAUAGUGUACCCUGAUGUGUGUCUUUCUUUUUUUUUCUUGUGAUUUUCUAUAAAUUUAGUAAAAUAGUAAGCCACAAUCUCUCACGUCAUACCAAUGACUUUGCUAUAUCUGAAAAUGUUUAAAUGAAGGUUUUCAUCUGAUAGACACUAUUACUGCAACACAUUAAAGUACAUUACAAAUGAUUACCAAUUUAAUGCAUUUAUUGAAAUUUCCUACAUGUUAUAUUUGUAUCUAUGUUUCCCUUAACUGUUUUCUAAAUCUCUGUCACAGUUCAAAGUACCAACAUUAUGACAGGAGGGAAAAUAAAUAGUUUUGUGCUGUCAUUCUCUUAUGCGGAACUAAACAAUUAUCUUUGAUUUCAUAGAUUUCUUUUACCAAGUAGCACCUAAACUGAGUGACCUUCAGUUCUUUUAUAUGUAGCCAGUAGAGUUCAUGCAUUUGGAGAUUCAGACAGCUCAACUAACUUCACUUCACACAGCAGAGUUGAAGGCCAUUCACCCCAUCAUGACUGUUUCAAGUUCCUUGAAAUAGCUUUUUAAUAGUUGGCAGUUGUAAUUGACAUUCUUUCAGGUGGUACAUUUCAAGUCACUCAAAUCAGCAGCAUUAAAAUAAAGUCUCCCCAAUUUUCCUAUGUCAUUUGGCAAACAACCAGAUAGCGCUAAAGAUAGACACAAAAAGCCAGAGUAACUCUGCGGGCCAGGCAGCAUCGCUGGAGAAAACAAAUGGGUGACGUUUCGGGUUAGGCUCUAUUUCAGACUCGGAUACUACUGAUUGAUGAUGAUCAGUUCUUCUGCCGCAAGAAACAGAGCGUUCUAUCAAAAUGUUGAUAGCAUUGAGCACAGUAUUAAAUCAUCGCAUAGCUUUCUGUACUUCAAGGGGAGCAAGGCUCCCCUGAAGACCAUACUCCAAAAACAUACUCUCUGCAUACCACCUGAGGCCAGUUUAAAAUAAGGUGCCCUGUAUUGGAUACAAUAUUCCAGUUACCUCCUGGAGGAUUGCUUGCUCCAUUCUUCCCAUUUAUAAAGUCCAAUGUUCAAUAUUUCCCAGCUUGGAUACAGCAGCAUGUAUUGUAUAGUCCUACAGGUGAUUUGAGAUAUGGUUUAUCAUCUAAAGUAUGUAUAGCAGCGUCAGAGUACUUGUUCAUUUGCUAUUGUAAGUCUGUGCAAUCUUUAACUUGAGAAGGAUAUGUCCCACUGUUUACUCAGAAUUUCACAGGUAGAUCAGAAAUUGCAAACCAUUUAACCGAUCUGCUGCAUAUUUAUCUGUUAACAAGUAGAAUUUCAUAUAUUUUAUAAAUAGAAUUUAUACAUUUUAGUACAUUCAAACAUCACAAGAGGAGACAGAGGAUGAUCUGAUUUUUGUUAGUCGUCACCGAGAAUGUUGUUUUGAAUCAUUUCAUUCAAUUUAGUUAGCAUUUGGGCGCCGAUUUCUGAAGAUCCAUAAUUUAAUUAGAUCAUGCUAAAUGUCAGCAGAAUUUUAUUUUUCAGUUUAGUAUGCUGGAUUUCAAAAAAAUGCACUUAGUUCAAAGCAGUUGGUUAGAGUGAGCGAUUACGGAAAUACAAUUUUGGAAAUUAGCAUCGAUAAUUUUUACUUACUCAAAUCGGCUCAUCUUGAAAGCAUCAUACAGGCAAUAAAUUGUUUUUGUCCAUGUACUUAAAUAGCUUUUCAGCAGUGAAAAUGAACUUCAGGCAAACAAAUUAAGUUCAGUCUAGUCAGGUUAAAGACUAUAUUAAUAAAACAGUGUGGAAAUGGCAGAUUCAAGGAAUAAUAAAAGUUUUUAUCUUCUGUUUAAAUGUCUGUUAACAUUUAUUUUUAUUAAAGAUUAAAAAGAGGCUGCUAGGCAAACAUGCAGAUAUUUUCAGUAAAUUUAUUUUUGUCAUAAUUAUUUUCAAGUUUGUUAUAAUGCGUCACAUUUAGCAGCUGAUGCACCAACACAUAGGAUAUUAGAUACAUUUUAUAUUUAUGGAGUUUUCCUACAUGUGUUUCAAUUGCUACACCUCUCCUUAGCUCUGCACCAUCUUCCUGUCCUAUUGCCACACUCAUCACCACCAUACAUUACCAAAAUUCUCCAUCACUUGUGAAAUCCUCUGUCAUUAUUUUUUGCUUUUUCAGUUACCCAGAUCAUCAAAGACCUGCCACAUUUUGCUAAAAUUCUCAGCCUCUCCAUCUCUUCUCCUCAGGAUUAUUUCAAAAAUCAAUCUUCGAACAGGAUUCUAGUUCAUCCGCUGAAUAAUUUCUUCUUCAUCAGUGUCUUGUUUAGUUAUGCCUCUGUGAACAACUUCAAACAUUGGAGGUGAUGAGAAAAUUGCAAUUUCUUGUUGAAAUGCAGCUAGAUUGUUACAAUUUUCCAAGCACAACCUUUUGUUCAGUGAAUUUGUCUGGAUCUGCAAAUAAUCCUUUCUAUUGGCAAUGUGUUAUUUUCAUGAGCUUGCAUUUUUCAAAUAUCAAAUGCAAUAGCAAUAAAUUUGAGCCUUCUUAUCCAUUUAAUCUCUUCAGGAAAUUUCAACAAGGAUGCUUUAUGGUAUAUUACAUCUGUGUUUUGAAAUCUGCACUUUUCCAACUGAACAUCUGUUGAAUAUUAGUUAAAGGAUGCAAGAGAUUACAAAAAAAAAUCAUAACUGCCUAUCAACUCAAACAGGAAGACUUUGAAUCAAACAAAUAAUCAGUUGUGAGGAAGUAAAUGAAUAACAUCAGAAACCUCAAGUUAUGUGCCCAACUAUAUUCUUCAGCAAUCCUUGUUGAUAAACAUAAAACGCUGGAAGUAUGGACAAGUUUGGGGGAAUUGAAAUUAAACUCUGUAGAAAAUAGCAAAAGUAUAACAUGAAAGUAUUUCAAUAAAGUUGCACCACUUGCAAAAACUGGUCACAGCAGUGCAAUCUGAAGUAGAAACUGCCACUAAUGUACCCCACCUCAGCAUAAUAACACAUAGAACUCUAACUAAGCUUCAGAUAAUUUCCCCCAUCCGUUACACACGGAUUUUCCUUCUUCAGUCUACUUGAGCUAGUCACUGGAUAAAUAGUGAUUCAUUGAGCCAUCUAUCCUCAUGAAAUUAACUAAUGCACCAAAAUUUAAGAGAACAAAUUUGGAUAUACAUGUCAGACAAUAUAAUGAUUACAUGAGUCAUGUAGUGAAAUUAAUUCAACUUUUUGGAAGCGGUUUUGCAUAAAUGCUUUAUUCAUGAAGUAGUUUGUGAAAGAACCUUGUGUUACUGUAUGAUAUGAUGGAUUCCUCACAUUCUUUGAUUUUUCCCCAACAUUUGGAUUUUGUGUUUAUUGCCAAAUUGGACCUCAGCGCUAUCUGCUUCCUGCAGCUAGUUAAUUUACCAGUUAUUUUGUUUUAUUUGCUCUGGGGAUUUAUUUGAGGGUGGAUGAAAAGGGCUGGUGGUGCAGCAGAGUAAAUUGUGGCUUUGGAACUAUGGAGUCAUGAUACUUCAGGCGUUAUGACUGUGAUGUAAACCUUAAAAUGCUGUAAUUGUUUCCACGGAUGUUUGGUUUCCUCUAUUUGGUUAUCAGUAUACCAACAUAGUGAAGUGUGUUUACUUGUUAUAUGUACUGGGAGUGAACCAUGUAAAUCUUACCUGCUGUCUCUUUACAGGCCCAUUAAUGCAAAAAUACAAUAAAUAAAUAUACAAUAACAAUAAUGCAAUACAUUGUUAAUCAGUAAUACCUGUACUAGGUAACCAGGUUAUAAUAGUGUAAAACUAAAGUAUGUGGUGUAACCAAAAACAAAGUCCAUAGUCCAUUAGGGCGGCACAGUGGUGCAACGGCACAGUUGUUACCUUACAGCGCCAGAGACCCUGGUUUGAUCCUGACUACUGCUACUGCCUGUGCGAUAUUUGUACAUUCUCCCUGUGACCGCGUGGCUUUUCUCCGGGUGCCCCGGUUUCCUCCCACACUCCAAUGACGUACACGUUUGUCGGCUUGUAAGUUAAUUAGGCUUCGGUAAAAUUGUAAAUUGUUCCUAGUGUGUAGGAUAGUGCUAGUGUAUGAGAGGAUCACUGGUUGCGCACACUUGGUGGGCCGAAGUGCCUGUUUAGGCACUGUAACUCUAAAGUCUAUAAGUAUAAAGUAGAUUGGUGCUAGGGUAGGAUUAUGAUUUGGGUUGUGCAGUGUGAUUCAAGAGUCUAGUGGUUGCUGGUCACAAUACCAGCCACCAAUUCCAUUCCUUUACUUUCAACAGGGUCUGAAAUUUAACCAGAUUUUCACUGAAAUGGGUGUAACAUUUGAUCCUGUGUUAAGCCUCAGAAUUAAUUUCCCCAUACUAUCUCUAAAACCUCCCAUUUGGCUCUUAUUUAAUCUGAAACCCUAUUUCAGCUACUGAUGAAUCCUUUAUCCACAUCUUUAUUACCUCUAGGCAAAACUAUUCCAACACUACCCAGACUGCUUGUUCAAAUCCCACCCUCCGUAAACAUGAGCAUAUCCAGAACUGCUGUUCUUUCUAAUUUGCAGCAAAUCCCAUUCACACUUCAGUUCUGUGCUGCUGCCCGAUGUUGUCUCUCCGUUAAACCUUGCCUUGAUUCCUAAAGUUUCAUCUUUUUGUCUAAUCCGUCCAUGGCCUCAUCCCUGUCUACCUCUGCAAUUCCCAUCAGCUCCAUAUCCAUCCAUGUCAUCUGCAUCCCUCCAAUUCUGACCUUUUUCACCAAAUUUAAUCCCUCUGCCAAUGAUGGCUGUUUCUUCAGCAACAAAGACACAAAGCUCUAGAGUUCCUUCUGCUGAUCUCUCUGCCCCCCCAUUGAUCCUUUACGGCAUCUAUUAAAAAAUUAUCUCCUUGACCAAACUAUUGUUCACCUGCCCUAAGUUUUCUUUGGGGCUUGUCCAAUUUAUGUGGCUCCUUCAAAGCAACUAUUGACAAUUUGCUAUUUUAAGAAGGCUCUAAAAACACACAUUGUUGUUAUUUGAGCUUCAAUUAUGUGAGAGAAAUAAAAGCUAGCAUUCGAGUGGUAGUAUUUCAUUUCAUACUGUUUCUUUUAAUGAACAGUUCAGACACAGAUCUGUGUUUUUUAUAUCAAUUUGUAAUUUUGGAUAAAAACAAUGUGACAAUUUGUUUUAAAUGAGUUCAUACAUAUCAACAAUGUCUGAUGAUUUAUUAGAAUAACAUGUUCAGCCACUUAUGGUACUGUGCAGGUGCCUUUUCCAUUACACAGUGCCUUGGCAACAUUAGCCAUAGUAAGCAGAGAUUCAAUGAUGUUCAGAAAGAGAUGUGGCACUGAGUCAAUUCUGCUUGCACAUAGUUGCAGAGGAACAGAAAGGCUAUUUGUCAAAACGAGCAGUUCAGGUAGCAGGCUUUGCAAACUAUUUUUAAAUAAAUGGUGUAAAGAUUUAUGUUGCAAAUGAUAAUGUGAAGUUGUUGCAUUUUCUUUCUGGCUAUUGCCAAUGAUGUCUUUUUGAAUAUAGUUACCUGAAAUAAUGAAGUCAGUGGUAAUUUUGAAGGUUUAUAUGAAAUUGCAUCGCUACUGGAUAGCAGCAUUGACCUCAAAUUCAGCAGUUUGAUUUCCUGACAGACUUUGUGUUUUUUGAAAUAGUUGUAUUGUUGGAAAAUAUGUACCAAUUGUUUUUAUUACAUUUCUUUUGAAUACAUAAAUUAUUCAGAUGAAAGAAACAUUGUGGUAUAAUUUGGUCCCAGGUAUCGCUGUAUGUACCAUUAAUAAAAUAAUUUUCAUACA